AUGAUAUUUUACACCGAAGACAACUCGCACGUCUGGUCUUGGCCCCUGGAGCAUCUUCAUCAAGUUCAAAGUCGAAGAUAUUUGCUUCGUCGAAGCGCUCUGGAAUUUUUCAUGCUAGACCGCAUGACUUACUUUAUUGAUUUCGGUACUGCUGAACAAAGGCGGCAAGUUUUCCGCGUGUUGAUCAAGCUGAAGCCCAAAAAUUUCGUUCCACUCUAUCUUGAGACCAGUAAGCCGGAAGCUUUGCUCCGCAAAAGUGAUAUCACGUCACGGUGGAUUCGUCGUGAAAUUUCAAAUUUUGACUAUAUCAUGGCGCUGAAUACACUUGCCGGAAGAAGUUACCAAGACAUAACGCAGUAUCCAGUGUUCCCGUGGGUUCUCACGGAUUACACCUCGGAAACUCUAGAUUUGAGCAAUCCAGACGUGUAUCGUGAUUUGCGGAAGCCUAUCGGAGCGCUGAACCCAGAUCGACUUGCGAGAAUCAAGGAGCGCUACGACUUUUUUGACGACCCUGAAAUCCCGAAGUUUCAUUACGGGAGUCAUUAUAGCUCAUCUGGAACGGUCUUAUUCUAUCUCUUGCGUGUCGAUCCAUUCACGACGCUCGCAUAUGAGCUGCAAGGUGGUAAAUUUGAUCAUGCAGAUAGACUUUUCCACGACAUUGCUUCGACGUGGAAGAGUUGCUACAAUGACAUGAGUGACGUCAAAGAGCUUGUACCUGAAUUCUUCUACCUUCCAGAAAUGUUCAAAAAUGUCAACAAUAUUGACUUCGGAGUCACUCAAUCUGGUGAGAAAGUCGACGCCGUCAUACUUCCUCCGUGGGCAAAAUCACCGGAAGACUUCGUCGCAAAGCAGCGCGAGGCUCUUGAGAGUGACUACGUCAGUAAGAACCUUCACCACUGGGUCGAUCUCAUUUUUGGCUACAAGCAAAGAGGCAAAGCUGCAGAGUCUGCGUGUAAUGUUUUCUACUAUAUGACCUAUGAAGGUGCAGUUGACGUCGAAGCUAUUCAAGAUCCAAUCCUGCUGAAGGCAACGCAGGAUCAAAUUGCUUGCUUCGGGCAAACUCCCUCGCAGCUUCUGACCAUACCACAUCCUGGUAGG